UCUCUGCAGUUGUCUCUCCCGCUGGAAGUUAGGUGCUGCACAAUGCUCCGUGCUGUCUGUGGUAACGUCUUUUCCAGGGUCUCCCAUGUGCCCUUAGGGAUCCAAAUCAGCAGGUUUUCUGCUGCUGCCAUCCCCGCACCUAACCCAAAGGCAGAAGUGCAUUUUAAUAAGCUUUUUAUAAACAAUGAAUGGCAUGAUGCAGUGAGCAAGAAGACCUUUCCUUCAGUCAACCCGUCCACAGGAGAAGUAAUCUGCCACGUAGCUGAGGGAGAUAAAGCUGAUGUGGACAGAGCAGUGAAAGCUGCACGUGAAGCAUUUAAACUCGGCUCACCAUGGAGAACAAUGGAUGCUUCUCAAAGGGGUGUUCUGCUGAAUCGGCUGGCAGAUCUCAUUGAAAGGGACAGAGCUCACCUGGCGUCACUGGAGACUUUGGACAACGGGAAACCCUAUGCCAUAUCAUAUGCAGUGGACCUAGAUCUGGUAUUGAAGUGUUUGAGGUAUUAUGCAGGAUGGGCUGAUAAGUAUCAUGGAAAAACCAUUCCAAUUGAUGGAGAUUAUUUUACCUACACUAGACAUGAGCCAGUUGGUGUUUGUGGACAGAUCAUUCCGUGGAACUUCCCUUUGCUGAUGUUGGCUUGGAAAUUUGGGCCAGCGUUGGCCACUGGAAAUGUGAUUGUAAUGAAGGUUGCAGAGCAAACACCACUGACAGCUCUGCAUGUUGCUAGCCUGGUGAAAGAGGCUGGAUUUCCACCUGGUGUUGUGAAUAUAAUUACAGGGAUGGGUCCAACUGCAGGUUCUGCCAUAUCCUCCCAUAUGGAUGUUGAUAAAGUUGCUUUCACUGGUUCCACAGAGGUGGGACGUUUAAUCCAGCAGGCUGCUGGUAAAAGUAAUCUGAAGAAAGUGACUCUGGAACUUGGUGGAAAGAGUCCAAACAUAAUCUGUUCUGAUGCAGAUUUGGACUGGGCUGUUGAGCAAGCCCACUUUGCCUUGUUCUUUAACCAAGGCCAAUGCUGCUGUGCUGGUUCUCGCACCUAUGUCCAAGAGAACAUCUAUAAUGAAUUUUUGGAGAGGAGUAUCCAGAGAGCCAAGACCAGAGUCGUUGGUAACCCCUUUGACUUUAAAACGGAGCAGGGACCUCAGGUGGAUGAGGAUCAAUUUAACAAGAUAUUGGGCUACAUUAAAUCUGGGAAACAGGAAGGUGCCAAACUGCUAUGUGGUGGAGGCCCUGCUGCUGAUCGAGGGUACUUCAUCCAACCCACUAUUUUUGGAGAUGUAACUGAAAACAUGACCAUCGCUAAAGAGGAGAUUUUUGGACCUGUGAUGCAAAUUCUCAAAUUCAAGUCAAUCGACGAGGUUAUUGACAGAGCAAAUAGUUCUAUGUAUGGGCUGGCUGCAGCUGUUUUCACCAAAGAUAUUGAUAAGGCUAACUACGUGUCACAGGCAUUGAGAGCUGGCACUGUCUGGGUUAACUGCUAUGAUGUUUUCGGAGCUCAAGCUCCCUUUGGAGGGUACAAGGCCUCAGGAACAGGCAGAGAGCUUGGAGAAUAUGGCCUAGAAGCGUACACAGAGGUCAAAACUGUCACAAUAAAAGUUCCUCAGAAGAAUUCUUAAGUAUGUGAAAGUAUAACCACCUCUUAUCUAAAAGAAAAGAUUGAUUGGAUGUUCAUAAAAAUGUAAUAACUGUGAUUAUUAGCCCUUUUAGAUUUCUCUGGAUGUAGAAUGGGUUAAGCUCUGCUUCCUGUAAUUCUGUUUUUCACGUUAAUACACAUGAGCUUUUUAGAAUAAAGCUCUUCAUUCAUUCUUGUAUCUACAGUGGCAGUCCAGUUCUGGGUAGUAAUGUUAUCUGUGAUACCAAAUGUCAGCACAUUAUGCUUGUAAACUACACACUUUUUCCAUUUGUUAUAAAGGAAACAUUUAUGUGUGAGUCUAUCUAACCAAAACGUAGCACUUGAAAUUUCUAGAAAUUUCAACAUGUUUAGUAUAGAAAAACCCUUGUAUUGUUGUCAGUCCACGAGCACUUAAACUGUUGCAAUAAAGUUUCAAAUUUUGUUGUUAAAAAAAUAAAUAAAUAAA